AUGGCUGCUCCGGAAGAUACCAACAUCCUGAACAUGACGGGUAUAUGGUCACUGAACAGUGCGGAAUCGGAUGAUUUGGACGCUACCUUCGCCGUGCAAGGCAUCCCCUGGAUCAUCAGAAAGGUCAUCGCGUACGCCAGACUCGAGAUCGAAAUGAAGCAGCAGGUCUCGGAUGAGCCCGACACGAAGUCUGCCACCAUCAUCAACGUCAAGCAGACAGUCAGGCCCGGGGGCUUCGACACGGCGAAUCGCUACAUCCUCGAUGGACAGACGCGCCACGACACCGUUCCCAUCUUUGGCGCCAUGUCGAUGAAGGCGAGUUAUGUCUCCAGGGCGGAGGUGAGCGAGGAAGCGACGCUGGGUCGGGAGAUAGAAGAUCCUGUCGGAGGUGACGGACGUGUUGCCAUCGAAGAGAGGUCGGGUGGGGUGAACACUGGAUGGCAAACCGUGGCGACGUGGGGGUUUGAGGAGGUGAAUGGAGAACGACGAUUCUGCAAGUAUUGUAUCACGACUAAGGGAGACCAAAAGGCUGAGGCACGGUUGGUUUACGACUACAGAGCUCUGUCUGCCUGA